AACAUAGCAGGAAAUAACGGUUACAGAGAAGAUGAUCUAAGGAAAGCUCGGGGCAGACUCGUAAUUUCAUACAUCUCAUUCUUGGCUCCCACUUCCUUCUCUCUUCCUUCAAUCCCUCAUCUCUCUUCAACUUUUCACCGGCCAAAAUCCUUGAAAUCCCUCACGAUCUCCUUCUGCGCGGCAACAAGAAGCCCUCUUCCCCGCCCCCCAAUACGUCCAGUCCAAAUCUUCUCCAUUCCUUCCACCGAUUAAAAUCUUUCAUACAUGAUCAACUAUUCUUUCCCUUGACCUCUUUCUCUCGAGAAAUCCCACGCAAAUCUCCUCCAAGACCCUCUUCCUGAACCCGGGAAACAAUUGGAAUCUCGGCUAAUUCGGGAAAGAACAUCUGAUUUCAAUUUAGGGAGCGGGAUUUGGAUCCAUAAUCGACGAUGUCGUCCUUCGAGGAGGAGGAGGAGGCAUUUGAACACACGUUGUUGGUGGUGCGGGAGGUGUCGGUGUACAAGAUCCCGCCGCGGAGCACGAGCGGCGGGUACAAGUGCGGGGAGUGGCUCCAGUCCGACAAGAUCUGGUCUGGCCGCCUGCGGGUGGUGUCGUGCCGGGAUCGCUGCGAGAUCCGGCUCGAGGACCCCAACUCCGGGGAGCUCUUCGCCGCCUGCUUCGUCCAACCCGGUCAGCGCGAGAGCUCGGUCGAGACCGUGCUCGACUCCUCCCGCUACUUCGUGCUCAAGAUCGAGGACGGCCAGGGCAAGCAUGCGUUCAUCGGCCUCGGCUUCAAUGAGCGCAACGAGGCGUUCGAUUUCAAUGUGGCGCUGUCUGAUCAUGAGAAGUAUGUGAGGAGGGAGCACGAGAAGGAGACGAGUGAGGAGAGCGACGAAAGUCACAUUGAUAUCCAUCCUGCAGUGAAUCAUCGGCUGAAGGAAGGAGAAACCAUCCGUAUAAAUGUGAAGAACAAGCCAUCUAGUGGAAGUGGCAUGCUUUCAUCUGCUGGCCUAUCAGGAGGGGCUUUUGGCAAACAAAAAGCAAGUACACUUCUUGCACCACCACCUGGUGGAACCGGAAAGAUCAGAUCUCCUCUUCCACCCCCACCUAAUGACCCUGCAGUUGCUAGGAUGACCUCAGGUCACAAUGCUGGAAUCAAGGCUCCCAUAGAUUCAGCAAGGCGUCCUGCUGAUCCUUUUGCAGAUCUUUCUGCAAUUGAGUUUAUUUUCUUGUGAGGCCUGAUGGAUUCAGCAAGGAGUUGGUUUCAUAAGUUUCAGCCUAGAGAUAAAUCUGCAACCAAGAAGAAAGAAGCGACAACAACCGAUGGAAAGGAAGAGAGUGAUGAAUCACCUUCAAAUGCUACCAAGCAGAGAGUUGCUGCUGCUAAGCAAUAUAUAGAAAAUCAUUACAAAGAGCAGAUGAAGAACCUGCAGGAGCGUAAAGAGCGACGUUACAAUUUGGAGAAGAAGCUAGCAGAUGCUGAUCUCUCUGAAGAAGAGCACAACAAUAUCCUAAAACAUUUGGAGAAAAAGGAGACAGAAUACAUGCGCCUUCAGAGGCACAAAAUGGGAGUUGAUGAUUUUGAACUACUGACAAUGAUUGGAAAAGGUGCUUUUGGUGAGGUCAGGGUUUGUAGGGAGAAGACAACUGGUAAUGUAUAUGCAAUGAAGAAGCUUAAGAAAUCAGAGAUGCUACGUCGAGGUCAGGUCGAGCAUGUUAAAGCCGAAAGGAAUCUCCUUGCAGAGGUUGAUAGCAAUUGCAUAGUGAAACUUUAUUUUUCCUUCCAAGAUAAUGAAUACCUAUAUCUUAUUAUGGAGUACCUACCUGGUGGGGACAUGAUGACAUUGCUUAUGCGGAAGGAUACACUCACUGAGGAUGAGGCUAGAUUUUAUAUUGGUGAGACAGUUCUUGCUAUUGAAUCUAUCCACAAACACAACUACAUUCACAGGGAUAUCAAGCCUGAUAAUCUGUUACUUGAUAGAUAUGGUCACCUGAAGUUGUCCGAUUUCGGAUUAUGUAAACCUUUAGAUUGCAGUAACUUUCCAGAUUUACAAGAAAAGGAUAUUACAUUAGGAAAGAGCUAUAGUGCUUCUUUACGAAGUCCUUCUUUACCAAAGCGCACACAACAGGAACAAUUAGAGCAUUGGCAAAGGAAUAGAAGGACAUUGGCAUACUCUACUGUUGGUACACCUGAUUAUAUUGCUCCAGAAGUUUUGUUGAAGAAGGGUUAUGGGAUGGAAUGUGAUUGGUGGUCACUUGGAGCCAUCAUGUACGAAAUGCUUGUGGGUUAUCCUCCAUUUUAUUCUGAUGAGCCUAUGGCAACAUGUAGGAAGAUAGUAAAUUGGAGAACGCACCUAAAGUUUCCGGAAGAAGCAAAGCUAUCAGUAGAAGCAAAAGAUCUUAUCAGAAAACUCUUAUGCAAUGUUGACCAGCGGCUUGGCACAAAAGGUGCCCAUGAAAUAAAGGCUCACUCUUGGUUUAAAGACACUAAGUGGGACAGAUUGUACCAAAUGGAGGCUGCAUUUAUACCUGAGGUUAAGGAUGAUCUGGAUACGCAAAACUUCGAAAAGUUCGAAGAGUCUGGAGACCAGAUUCAGACUUCAUCAAAGUCAGGCCCUUGGAGAAAGAUGCUUUCUUCAAAGGAUUUGAAUUUUGUGGGCUAUACAUACAAAAAUUUUGAAAUCGUCAAUGAUGAUGAAGUGACCAAGAUAGCUGAAUUGAAGAAGAAGAGCAAGUCAAAGAAGCCAACCAUCAAGUCUAUCUUUGGUACCAUCUUCUUUUCCUUACAUCUUGGAUAUAAUUUAUCACCCUUGCUGGUGUUUAGGCCAUCCAUUGAUAUUGGAGGAAAACUCAAUCAACCUUCAUGCAAUCCAUUAAAAAUGCUUUAUGUUGGAGGAAAAUGAGCAUCAAGGAUCAAU